CCUUAUUUUCAAAAUCAGACCUAUAAAUAUACACACGUUUAGAGAUUCGUAUACUAACUUUAGGAUUCAUAGAUUUGUUGAUAAAUCGACUAAUUAAGAUUUACGAUAAUGGCUUCGUUUGUCUUUGUGAUCUCUCUUCUUCUUCUCUCUCUUUCUUCGGCUGUUUUCUCCGAUGACGCGUCUUUCCAGAAACUUCCGGUGCCCGGAAAGAGGUCAGGCCCUGAAUCUUUCGCUUUUGACCCCACCGGCAAAGGUUUCUACACCGGUGUCUCCGGUGGUAAAAUCCUCAAGUGGACUCCCGAGAAGGGUUACGUCGAUUUUGCCCAGAUCACCGAAUCCUCGAACUCGGGAUGGUGCAAGGGAGCACUAGGAACCGCUUUCGCCGGAAAGUGCGGCCGACCAGCUGGAAUAGCCUUGAACAGCAAAACAGGCGAUCUCUACGUCGCCGAUGCUCCUUUGGGUCUUCACGUUAUCUCUCCCGCCGGAGGUUUGGCCACAAAGCUCGCCGACAGUGUUGACGGAAAGCCCUUCAAGUUUCUAGACGGUCUUGACGUUGAUCCCACCACCGGCGUCGUCUACUUCACUUCCUUCAGCUCCAAGUUUGGCCCCCGCGAAGUUUUAAUAGCAGUGGGAUUAAAAGACGCGAGCGGAAAACUCUUCAAAUACGACCCAGCGACCAAAGCCGUGAGUCAGUUAAUGGAAGGUUUAAGUGGUGCGGCUGGUUGCUCCGUCAGCUCAGAUGGUUCGUUCGUGCUAGUCAGCGAGUUCAUCAAGAGUAACAUUAAGAGAUACUGGAUCAAAGGACCCAAAGCUGGAACUAUGGAAGACUUCUCAAAUCUUGUCUCGAACCCCGACAACAUCAGAAGAGCAAGUUCUAACGGAGAUUUCUGGGUCGCCUCCGUCGUGAACAAGGUCGUCGUGCCUACCGACCCUAAGGCGGUCAAGAUAGACUCUAACGGAAAAGUGCUUCAGACCAUUUCUCUCAAGAAUGAGUUCGGGAACACUUUGCUUAGUGAAGUCAACGAGCACAACGGCCAUCUUUACAUCGGAACUCUCACUGGACCUUUUGCCGGAAUCAUGAAACUUUAAAUUGGUUUAUUAGCCAUAAGGUUGUUUGGUGAUUACCAUUUUUGAAAUCAUCUUAAAAGUUGUCUUCUUCAUUAAACUAUAAUAAAAGGUAUAUAUAAUAUCACCUCAAAUUUCCUGCCUUGUAAUAUGGGUGAUGACACUUUCUAUUUUUUUUAAGGCUUGGUCAUCCUUUUUGUUUCC